AUGCGUCUUGCACAGCCAGACGUGGAGUCAAAGCUGCGUUCAUUAGGGUUUGGAUAUCGAGCCAAGUUUCUUGCUCGCACGGCGCAAGUGCUCUGUGAACGCGUAAGCUGUGGCAAGGACAUGAAGCCGAGCGACGUCGACCAUGCUGUCUAUACACAUCUUCUAUCUCUACGCAACUGUACAUACGGAGAAGCUCGUGCAAAACUCAUGGAAUUACCAGGAAUAGGCCCAAAAGUCGCGGAAUUCUUUUUUACGCAGACCUGCGCUCAUUUCAAAAGUAUGAUCCUAAUGUGGAAUACUCUUCCAACCAAGCAGCAGCGAAAGUGGCAGGAGUAA